AUGGUAAGGUUUCAUCUCGAAUACACAUAGUUCCAGGGGAUCAAAUUGAAAGCCGCCAAGCUCGAAACGGAGCGCCAGUCGAUGACCAACCGUGUCUAUUGUAAUGUGAACGACAUAGAUGCCAGUCAAUGCCGGUAUGGUUUUCUUGAUCGGAUCUGUUGAUGUUGAUCUUUACUGGCUAUAAGUCUGUCGGGAAAAUAACGGUCGGUCGUCGCAUCAAAAUGUUUCGCCUCACCGCUAUCGCGCACCAAAUCUCCAGCUACGGCCGCCGUCGCAAAGCGAUGAUGGGCGAUUCCGAGGCACGACGAUCCGCCGUUAUUUUCCCGACAGACUGAUAAAAUACAUGUGCUUUACUCCUUUUGAUACUUUUAUUUUAUUUAGACAUGUAACGGUUGUGUCAGGUCCUGGCCGGCGAUACCGGUUUUCUCUGGCCAAUGACCCUUCCAUUAGACCUGGCACCAUUGGAUUUGGUCUUUAUCAUCGAAAAUGGGCAAUGUUAUCUUUGGAACAAGAGGUAUUCGUAGAACCUCUUGUAUUUACAGCAAGCGACAAAGUUGUCCUUGCAGUUACGAUCACCAUGGAUUUCCAGACCAAAAAGUUGUACGUGAUUUUCCAGAAGAUCUGACUGUUCAUAUAUCAAUUCAGUGUCACAACUGACCCCUUUGACACCGAUGCCAUGGCGCGGGAGUUUAGUAUUCAAUUUUCAAACAUGGUACUUAGCAAAGGGAAGCUGAUGGUAUUUGAAUUUAAUUCGGGCGAUAAGAUUACACGGUUUGCUCUGACCAUAACAUCCCUAGAAGGAGCGGUGCCCGGAGGACAACCUGAAGAGGUGAGCUUUUUUUUAGUUAUCAUACGAACCUAUUUCAGGUUGAAUUUGGACCACUGAAUGCGAACGCCAGGAUUGUUUUCAACAAGGCGGAAGCAGCAUUGUUAAAUUUGACCGGAUCCUGCAAAGGAAAGGCCACCUACCGGGCUUUAAUCAAUCCAGGAUGGGACUUUGAGAAGAUGGGGAUUGGAGGACUUGAUAAAGAAUUCUCAACCAUCUUUAGAAGAGCAUUUGCAUCGCGUCUUUUCCCACCGGAAUAUAUUGAACAACUUGGUUAGCAUAAGUUGCAUCUUAUUAAAUCGAAAAGGCCUUUUUUUAACUGCUUAAAACUAUUCCUUUAGCUAUCAAACAUGUCCGUGGAAUUCUCCUUUAUGGACCUCCGGGUACUGGUAAAACUUUGAUUGCGAGGCAGAUUGGAAAGAUGCUUAAUGCCAGAGAACCCAAGAUUGUCAAUGGCCCCGACAUCUUAAAUAAAUAUGUCGGGGAAUCUGAAGCUAAUUUGAGGAAGUUGUUUGCUGAUGCUGAGGAGGAAUGGAGAAGAGUGGGGCACAACUCUGGCCUUCAUAUGAUUAUAUUCGACGAGAUCGAUGCCAUUUGCAAACAAAGAGGGUCUAAUGUAAGUAUCAAUCAACUGCGUCAACUAGUUGCUUAGCCAGGGUCUUCUGGGGUUAAUGAUACCGUUGUAAAUCAACUCCUGACCAAGAUGGACGGUGUAGAACAGUUGGGGAAUGUUUUGGUUAUUGGCAUGACCAACCGGAAAGACAUGAUCGACGAGGCUCUUCUUCGGCCAGGUCGAUUGGAGGUGCAGCUGGAAAUCAACCUUCCAGAUGAACACGGAAGACUUCAGAUAUUGCACAUCCACACAGCUAAUCUGCGUAAAUUUGAUAAGCUCGCCCCAGAUGUGGAGCUUCCAUUAUUAGCAAAACAGACCAAGAACUUCUCUGGAGCUGAGAUUGAAGGGUUGGUCAGAGCGGCCCAGUCCUCGGCGAUGAACCGCGUGAUGAAAGUAGGAGGCCAAGUCGAAAUCGAUCCUGAAGCCAUGGAGAAAUUCAAAGUCAACAUGUCCGAUUUUGAAUAUGCGUUGCAGAAUGACAUUAAAGCAGUAAGUUUCUUGUUUCAAAGGUAGGACCUUUUUUAGGCGUUUGGGCACAAUGAUGAACAACUAGAAAGACUCCUUGGCGAGGAUGUUAUCUUCUACGAUCAGUUGGUUGCAGAUAUUUUGCGAGAAGGACAACUGUUGUGCGAGCAGGCAUCUAGUCCCGAAACUUCUGGAUUCGUUCGUGCCCUCUUAAUUGGUCCCCAGAAUGCCGGGAAGUCUUGUUUGAUCGCCAAGAUUGCCAAGUCUGCUGACUUCCCGUUCAUAAAGGUGGUCACUCCAGAAGAAAUGAUUGGUUUCUCCGAAUCUAUGAAGUGUGCCAAGAUCACGCGUGUGUUUGAAGAUGCUUAUCGGUCUCCCUUGUCGAUUGUUCUUGUGGAUGACAUCGAUCGUUUGAUGGAUCACUCUCCGAUUGGGCCUAGAUAUUCGAAUAUGGUCCUUCAGGCUUUGAUGGUCUUGUUUAAUAAGGCGCCGCCUAAGGUGAGGGCACUUUCUUAGAUUACCCUGCUCUUUCAGAAGUCACGUCUUCUUGUUUUGGUGACCUCCUCAAAUCAUGGAUUCCUUCGUGAGACCGGUCUGAUUAAUUUCUUUACUCGAGUUAUCCACGUACCGAAGAUGAACAAGAUAGAACAAAUUGCCAAGGUCCUUGACGAAAGUGGCUUUUCCGAGACAGAGAAUCGGGAAGUUCUGGCUCAAUUGGAUCGCGGACAUUUAAAGUAAAAAAAAUUAAAAUUAAUUUCAGUUAUUUAUCUUCGUUCCCCUUUGUAGCGUUAAGGAAGAAAAAAAAAUUUAAAGGUGAAAUUACGGUUGGUGAUCAUGGAAUCGGGAUGUGCAGAAUAGCCUCUCUUUUUGAUGUAAAACAUGAGUUCGGUUAGUAUUUUUAUGCAAUGACUAGCCGACAAAGAAACUAGUGUUGAUAUAUUACACCUACGGAUGUAAGAUCGCACCCAACCACUCUAUCUUACAAUUUUUCCUUGAGCACUACAUAUUACUUGUCAUCCAGAAUAUGGUCAACCAACAAAGUUAUAGGCAAAACGUCUAAUGUCCCGUUUUUUGGCCGCCACUGUAUAUCUUCAUUUCAGGAUAAGCAUCGGUAUCAAAAGCCUCCUGCAACUGAUCGAGAACUCCAAACGAUGUGCCCCGGGGGAAAGAGCGCAACAUCUGGCUCAUGCCAUUGAAGAUAUGAUCCUGGAUCUCUGA